AGACUCUCUGACCGCGGGUUCUAUCCCCUCCCAUGGUAUGGUUUGUUUGCAAUCGUGUCAUUACGAUUUCGUGAGUCAGAGGCAGCCCUUCAACCCAACAAUAACAAUCUUUCAUCAGCUGGGCGGUGACAGCUGUCUUGCUCAGAGCAAAAUGGAGCUUGAAGAUUCAUUUUACCCCAAAGCUCAGUACAUAGAGACUGCUACUGGAAACCGUGUCAGUCGUGGGAGUGUGUUAUGUGGCUCCCAGAACAUUGUGUUGAGCGGAAAAGUGAUUGUACUUAGUGGUGUGAUCAUCCGAGGGGAUUUAGCCAAUGUCAGAGUUGGCCGGCAUUGUGUUAUAUCAUCUAAAGCUGUCAUUAGACCACCAUUCAAAAAGUUCAGCAAGGGUGUGGCAUUUUUCCCUCUCCACAUUGGUGAUCAAGUGUUUAUUGGUGAGGGAUCAAUCGUCAAUGCUGCUGUAGUAGGAUCUUAUGUGUACAUAGGAAAAAACUGUGUAAUUGGACGGAGGUGUGUGCUAAAAGACUGCUGCAUGAUUGCUGAUAAUACUGUUCUUCCUCCAGAAACAGUUGUUCCCCCCUUUGCUAUAUACUCAGGGUCACCUGCAAGGCAUACUGGAGAUUUGCCAGAAGCCACACAAGAUCUUAUGACUGAUUACACUAAAUCCUGUUACCACCACUUCAUAAGAGUCAAGGAUAUGCCCCCACAGGCCAGAGAGGGAACUACUAAGCUUAUUGAUAUUUAGUUAAUGUCUCAUUGUGCUUCAAGUAGCUAAGUCAGCAUAAACAUAUUAAUUGCAAGGUGACAAACUUGAAAUAGUUUGGUAAAUCAUACUUCUUCAGAUUAUAUAUACAUGUACUAUAUAUUUUUUUCAACUGGCUGUAUUCCACCAAGUCAGGAUGACCUAAAAAGAAAAACGAAAGUUUCUCUUUUAAAAUUUGGUAAUUUAUACAGGAGAAGGGGUUACUAGCUGCUUGCUUCCGGCAUUUUAGUCGUUUCUUGCAACACGCAUGGCUUAGAGGAAGAAUUCUGUUCCACUUUCCCAUGGAGGAUAUUGUUAGUUAGUUUUUAAAGUGGCAUAAAUGUCUCAGUUUAUUGAAAUGUGUGAUAAAGGCCAGAUAUAAAAAAAAUGCACAUUGUUUGUCUUUGCAUUUUGACACUGCUUUAAGGAGGACAUUUGCUAUUUUUUAUGGAUUACUAUUAUUAUAUUAAAAAACAAGCACUAAACCUGCAUGGGUCAUACAGUAUUGCUGCACAUAUUUAUACUGAAAAGUAUAUACUGUAUUAUAUAUUUUUUCCUGCCUACUAUUAGGUGUAUGGGGAUUAUCCUCUCAAGUUAGGUAUAAACAUUGAGAAUUUUGGGCUCUAUAAGUAAGUUUAUGAAGAUGUAUCAUUAAUUUUUGUUUAAAACUACAGUAUUUUGUUCUGAAUAAAAUGUUCAUUUGGUAUCCUUUAUCUUUUAGGAACCAAUCAUUCUUCAGUAGAGGGUUCAGUGAGCACCCUAUUUUACCCAUUUUUAUGUAUUACUGUAUAUUAAAUUUAUAUAUACAGUGGACCCCCGCAUAACGAUUACCUCCGAAUGCGACCAAUUAUGUAAGUGUAUUUAUGUAAGUGCGUUUGUACGUGUAUGUUUGGGGGUCUGAAAUGGACUAAUCUACUUCACAAUAUUCCUUAUGGGAAUAAAUUCGGUCAGUACUGGCACCUGAACAUACUUAUGGAGUGAAAAAAUAUCGUUAACCGGGGGUCCACUGUAUACUGGUACUUGGGACCUGACGAUCUGUUGGAGUGUGAGCAGGGUAAUAUUUAGUGAAGGGAUUCAGGGAAACCGGUUAUUUUCAUAUAGUCGGACUUGAGUCCUGGAAAUGGGAAGUACAAUGCCUGCACUUUAAAGGAGGGGUUUGGGAUAUUGGCAGUUUGGAGGGAUAUGUUGUGUAUCUUUAUAUGUGUAUGCUUCUAAACUGUUGUAUUCUGAGCACCUCUGCAAAAACAGUGAUAAUGUGCGAGUGUGGUGAAAGUGUUGAAUGAUGGAAGUAUUUUCUUUUUGGGGAUUUUCUUUCUUUUUUGGGUCACCCUGCCUCGGUGGGAGACGGCCGACUUGUUGAAAAAAAAAAAAAAUAUAUAUACUAGUGAGCCACAAAGCACAGUCAUAAGAUAAUAACAAAAAGCAGUAAAAAAAUUCCUUCAAUUGUCUAUAAUUGUGGUGAGUGAAAAGUACUAGUAAAAUAAAUUAUGAUUUUUGGACACUUUAUAAAAAAAAAAAGAAAAUAACUGUUUCUUAUUUACACUAAAUGUGAAUAAUAAAUUAUGAUGCAUUUUUCUGUCAUUAGAGUAUUAGGAAUAUAGUCAACAGUGGAUCAACAUCAUAUUGGAGACUAGACUGCAUAACUUUUGUUUUAGUUGCUGUACAUACCCAGAUGUAUAUGGGUUAUGAAGAAAGUACAGCCUCUCCUCACUUAACCCUUAAACUGUCCAAACGUAGAUAUACGUUGAUGUGCGGCAGGCUCCGAACGGAGAUCUACUUUUUUUUACAUGCUUUCAAAUGGGGAAAAUCAAGGUCGGAGCACUAUGCACGUGAACGUAGAUCUACGUUUGGACAGUUUAAGGGUUAACUACAGAGUUUUGUUCCUAAUACCGCGUUGAUAAACAAAUUUGUCGCUAAACGAGGCAUAUACUAUAAUGGUAUGUAGUAGGUUUAUGUCAACCAUCUUUGAUAUUGUUUUGAUGUCACCCUUGCACUAUUUAUAACAUUUUUAGUAUAGUUUUAAAUGUUUAUACAGUAGUGUACUGUAUAUUGUAAUAAACAGAAUAGAGGAAAUCAGCUCUAAUAUACAUUAUUUAGGUAUGCAUACAGGUCAGAGAGCCCAUCGUAAGUCCAAGUCAUCAGUAAAUGAGUACGUUGCUAAGUGAGGAGAGGCUGUAUUUCAGAAUUCAUGAAAAAAUCAAACUAUUUCUUCAAUGAAAUGUUGUAGAUAUUUCAAAUAGCUCUGUAACACUGAUACAUCUAUGAAAUUUUCAGCAAAGCUGGCCAAUAAAUUUCAUAUUUUAUUAUA